CCGAGCGGAGCCCAGGAGAGGAGACAGAGAGAGAAAGAGCCUGAGCGAGAGACGGGGAAGCAAGGAGGAAGCCACCGGUGCGUCGGGACAGGAACGCAGGUGUUCGGAGCGCCCGAGCUGGAGCUCCGCAGCCGCUAGUCAUGUAUCGCUCCACCAAGGGCGCCUCCAAGGCGCGCCGCGACCAGAUCAACGCUGAGAUCCGGAACCUCAAGGAGCUGCUGCCGCUGGCCGAAGCGGACAAGGUCCGGCUGUCCUACCUGCACAUUAUGAGUCUUGCCUGCAUCUACACUCGCAAGGGCGUCUUCUUCGCUGGAGGCACUCCUCUGGCGGGCCCCACAGGGCUUCUCUCAGCUCAAGAGCUUGAAGACAUAGUGGCAGCACUACCUGGAUUCCUGCUUGUGUUCACGGCGGAGGGGAAGCUGCUAUAUCUCUCUGAGAGUGUGAGCGAGCAUCUGGGCCACUCCAUGGUGGACCUGGUUGCCCAGGGUGACAGUAUCUACGACAUCAUUGACCCAGCUGACCACCUAACUGUGCGCCAGCAACUCACCCUGCCCUCUGCUCUGGAUAAUGAUCGCCUCUUCCGCUGUCGCUUCAACACUUCCAAGUCCCUCAGGCGCCAGAGUGCAGGCAACAAACUGGUGCUUAUUCGAGGCCGAUUCCACGCUCACCCACCUGGGGCCUACUGGGCAGGAAAUCCUGUGUUCACAGCUUUCUGUGCUCCACUGGAGACAAGACCCCGCCCUGGCCCUGGCCCUGGCCCUGGUCCUGGCCCUGCCUCACUUUUCUUGGCCAUGUUCCAGAGCCAUCACGCUAAGGACCUGGCCCUGCUGGACAUCUCAGAGAGUGUCCUAAUCUACCUGGGCUUUGAGCGCAGUGAACUGCUCUGUAAAUCAUGGUAUGGACUGCUGCACCCUGAGGACUUGGGCCACGCUUCUGCUCAACACUACCGCCUGUUGGCUGAGAGUGGAGAUAUUCAAGCAGAGAUGGUGGUGAGACUGCUGGCCAAGCCUGGAGGCUGGGCAUGGAUUUAUUGCCUUUUAUAUUCAGAAGGUCCGGAGGGUCCCAUUACUGCCAAUAACUACCCAAUCAGUGACACGGAAGCCUGGAGCCUCCGCCAGCAGUUAAACUCUGAAGAAACCCAGGCAGCCUAUGUCCUGGGCACCCCGACCAUGCUGCCCUCAUUCCCGGAGAGCAUCCUCUCGCAGGAGCAAUGCUCUGGCCCUAAUCCACUCUUCACCAUGGGGCCUCCCCGAAGCACCAAUUUCCCCAGUGCUCCUGAGCUGGGUGCUGUCUCAACACCAGAAGAGCUUCCCCGACCCCCCAAAGAGCUUGGCUUCAGUUACCUGACAUUCCCAUCUGGCCCUGAGCCUUCUCUUCAAGCAGACCUGAGCAAGGAUCUUGUGUGCACCCCACCCUACACGCCCCACCAGCCGGGAGGCUGUGCUUUCCUCUUCAGCCUCCAUGAGCCCUUCCAGACCCACUUGCCCACUCCAUCCAGCUCUCUCCAAGAACAGCUGACUCCGAGCACUGUGACCUUCUCUGAUCAAUUGACGCCCAGCAGUGCAACUUUCCCAGAUCCACUGACUAGCCCACUACAAGGCCAACUGACUGAAACCUCAGCCAGAAGCUAUGAAGAUCCUUGCACCUCCACUUUCCCAGAUCAGCUGCUUCCCAGCACUGCCACCUUCCCAGAGCGUCUGAACAGCCCUGCCCAUGAGCAGGUGACUUCUCCAAGCACAGCAUUCCAAGCACACCUGAACAGCCCCAGCCAAACUUUCCCAGAGCAACUGAGCCCUAAUCCCACCAAGACUUACUUCGCCCAGGAGGGAUGCAGUUUUCUCUAUGAGAAGUUGCCCCCAAGUCCUAGCAGCCCUGGUAAUGGGGACUGCACACUCCUGGCCCUAGCCCAGCUCCGGGGCCCCCUCUCUGUGGAUGUCCCCCUGGUGCCCGAAGGCCUGCUUACACCUGAGGCCUCUCCAGUCAAGCAGAGCUUCUUCCACUAUUCGGAGAAGGAGCAGAAUGAGAUAGACCGUCUCAUCCAGCAGAUCAGCCAGUUGGCUCAGGGCAUGGACAGGCCCUUCUCAGCAGAGGCUGGCACUGGUGGGCUAGAGCCACUUGGCGGGCUGGAGCCCCUGGACCCUAACCUUUCCCUGGCAGGAGCUGGCCCCCCUGUGCUCAGCCUGGACCUAAAACCCUGGAAAUGCCAGGACCUGGAUUUCCUGACUGACCCUGAUAUAUUCCUGGAAGAGACGCCCGUGGAAGACAUCUUCAUGGAUCUCUCUACCCCAGACCCCAAUGGGGAAUGGAGUUCAGAGGAUCCUGAGGCAGCAGUCCCAGGAGGGGCCCCAUCACCUCGCAACAACCUGUCCCCAGAAGAUAGCAGCUUCCUGGAGGACCUGGCCACAUACGAAACCGCCUUUGAGACAGGUGUCUCAGCAUUCCCCUACGAUGGGUUUACUGAUGAGUUGCAUCAACUCCAGAGCCAAGUUCAAGACAGCUUCCAUGAAGAUGGAAGUGGAGGGGAACCAACGUUUUGAAUAAGUCUGUGACUUAACGUCGUCAAGUAUGGCAUAUUGUCAUCAAGACAUGGAGCCGCUCUCCACCCCCCCGGGAUUGUUGGGGGGAUUCUGGGGGCCAGAGGGGGAUAGAUCCGAUUCCCCAGGCCCUGCAGGAUUUGGGGGGGGGAGGUGGGAGGGCAAGGGAGGGGAGCUUCUUUUUAAAAUUUAGAGACAUCAAGCAAUCCCAGUUUCCAUUUCAAUCUGUAUUCACUCGUAGUGAGUUUCCUUGAAUGGGAUUUCAAGCGGAGAAUGGGGGAGUCUCACUUCCCCCGCCCCGCGCUGCCCCAUGGGCCUGGGCCAGUUCUCCACUCCUGGGGGCCAAGCCACCCCUGGGCCUUGGUGGGGGAAAGGCAGUGCCCACCUGGGCCAGCCUGUGCCCUGAGGGGCUCUUGACACCCACGUAGAAUUCUCUACACACCAGUAACGGGAUUUCAAUUCCGAUGGACUCUGCCGCCCUGGCGGCCCUUCUUGUGACUUUUGCGCCCCGCGCCUGGGGUGGGGGGCGCGAAGAGACGCUACGUUCCUUUCCGAUGGAGGAAGGCAGACCUGCCGCCGUCACACGUGUGCUUGCACGAGUGCGUGUACUUGGUGCGGGACUCACCCGGCUGCCCAACUGCCUGGGACUACCCAGGUGGUCACCUCGUGGUGCUGCGGUGACUUUGUAGCCAACUUUAUAAUA